AUGGCCAACCUCUCCGACGAAGACUCCCAAAUGCACGACUCGCCCUCGUCCACGCCGUCCACGCCGCCGCUCUCGCAGCCGCACACCCACAACCUCGUCAACCCCGCCGAGCACCUCUCGCUGCACUCGCCGCCCGACUCGCAGGGGCAGGGGCAGGGGCCGGGGCCGCAGGGGUACCAGCAGCAGGGACAGGGACAGUCUUCGCAGCAGCAGAUGGGCGUGGGGGUGGGGGUGGGGGUGGGGGUGGUGCCGAGCUGGGCGACGAAGCGCGCGGUGGAGGAUGCGGAGACGGCGAGGGAGAAGGUGGUGGAUGGGAAGUUUACGUUGCGUUGGGUCGGGGAUGAUUAUGAUGAGAGUGAUAUGUUCAAGACGGACUAG